UUCACAGGAUAGCUUGGUGAGCGUCAACGUUCCAUUCUUCUUUUCCUUUGUGGGGAUUUUGGUUGUGUCCACCUAGUUGCAUUCUAUUAAGCUAGUCUUGGAGGCAGCAGUUUGGACCAGUAAGGAUGCCGCCCAAGAAAGGCAAAGGCAAAAAGGAAGCAAAGAAGCCCAAAGCACCACCAGAACCCGAGCCUCCGCCCGAAUUGUCCGAGGAGGUGAAGGCCCUCAUAAGACAAGUUGAACAGCUCCAAAAAGAUGUGGAAACAGAAAUGAAGGAGAGGAACAAGUUCCAGCUGGAGGUGGACAUGCUCCGCACCUUCUGGGAGGUGACGGGCAAACAGCUGGAGGAGAUCAAUGCCACUUAUGUCAACCUGUACAACGAAAUCGAGACGGAUGAGCUCAACCACAGACAGGACAUCAAAGAGUAUUUGGGAGAAAUCAAGCUCUACAAGGAAGAUCUCAAGAAGCACCAGAAGGACUUUGAAAAGCAUGUGCGCAAGGCUGACGACACGGAGAUUAAGCCUUACGAGAAGGAACGUGCAGAGAUGAUACUGGACGAACAGCUGGACAUCGAGGACACUGUCAGCACACUGAAAGCCAAGCACAACGAAGACAUGGCUCGGAGAGGACAGGAGGUGAAGGAGCAGCUCCUGCAGACGGAGCAAAAGUACAAGAAGAAGCUGGACCUGCUCCAACACGACCUCACCGACAAGGAGAAGACCAAACUGAGUGAGAGGGAGCACUACUGGAGCAGCCUCAUCCACAGUCUGCAGCAAGACCACGACAAACGCUUCAGCGAGUUUGACGCAUUCCUCAAUGAGUGCAAGAAGAAGGACCUGCACCAUAAGGACAAGCUGAGGAAGCAAAUCCAAGUCUUUGUUGCCACGGAGGAGAACAAAAACCAGCGUGUGGACAGAUCGCUGGAUGUCAAGAUGCUGAAACAAGAGCAAAAGAAAGUCCAGGCACAAAUCAUCAAACUCCGGAAACUCUUGAGGAACCCCAUCAUGAAGACGAACCCCAAUGAGCGGGUCAAACGUCUUGAGCUGAAACAGCUCAAGUGCGACUACGACUCGCGGGAUCUGAAGUUCAAGCAACUCGAGGAGGACAUGGACGAGAUGCGCAAGAAGUUCUGUGAAAACAUCCUGGACGUCCAGCAGAAAGCCAAUCAGGAGCAUGCAGAUCUGGAAACCAAACUGGCUACAGUGAUGGAAAAAAUACACAAGCUCCAAGCUCUGGUUUGCUUACGGCUCUUCGGCAUCGACCUGGGUGUACUCGUGAGCGUAGCGGGGGACAACCUGGUCCCAGGGUUGCAGGAGGACGCGGGACAGCUCCAGGAACACUGGAGCCGGAAGACCAGGCUCAACCAGACUAUCACGUGGCAGCUGCAAAAUGUGAAGGAGCUUCUUCAGAGAGACGUGGAGACUGCAGUCAAGGAGAGGACGGCUCUGAUUAAACUAAUCAACGAGAAGAUUGACGAGGUGUUCCAAGCCGAGACAGAGCUCCAAAAAGUCUCAUGGCAGCUUGAAGUGAUGACAAAGUCCAAAUCUGGGAAAGUUCUACAGGAUUCCACUCCAGAGCCCUUGGAGCCACCGCUCCACCUCCAGGACGACCGGCAACCGAUGGGCGGCCUGUUGGAGGAAGUUGUGAGGAUCGCGUGCAAGAAUCCCCCAACCAAGUCCCUAAACAGGCGGAGCUCCUUGAUGUUUGACCAGGUGCUGGACAGGCAGCUGAGGAACAGCAAGGACCUCCUGCAGAAUCACGCAGAAAUGGCCACCAAGAGGAGGACGCAGCUCAUCCUGAUGUUGAACGACAAGACGCACGAGCUCCACAGCCUUGUGCGUAAAGUCAAGGAGACCAACAAGGAGUUGGAGAAGCAGAAAUUUGCCGCCGACCGGGAUCAGAGCGUGGGAGGGGGUUUGGUGCAGCGCAGCCAAAUGUGACACUGUGUCCAAUGGUUUAGUGGAGGAGUGGAGCUGAAGAAAAAACAAAGAAAGUCAGGAAAUGAGGAAUAUAGCAGUGGUCCUCUGCAUAUUAGGGUACAUGUCAAGUUAAAAAAAAAUAAAGAAAUGUUAUGUAACACAGAGGAGCGUGUUCUUAACAACCCUGCCAAAAAUAAAACCCAAAUAGAUCAA